AAAAUGACUGCAGUAUUGGAAGAUCAUUACUAUUGGAAGACCGAUUAGCAUCCAUUUCAUAAGAGAAGCUUGACCACCAUUUGCUCUGGCAUGGCGCAAAACAGUCCACAGCUUGAUACGCAGGUUCUCCAUGACCUCCGACAACGUUUCCCUGAGAUUCCGGAGGGUGUGGUGUCUCAGUGCAUGUUACAGAACAACAACAAUCUUGAAGCCUGUUGCCGCGUGCUUUCCCAGGAGAGUAGCAAAUACUUAUAUAUGGAAUACCACAGUCCAGAUGACAACAGGAUGAACAGAAAUCGCCUUUUGCAUAUUAACCUGGGUAUUCAUUCUCCUAGUAGCUACCACCCAGGAGAUGGAGUGCAACUUAACGGUGGUCGAACACUGGUACAUAGCUCAAGUGAUGGACAUAUUGAUCCACAGCAUGCAGCAGGCAAACAGCUGAUAUGUUUAGUUCAGGAACCACACUCAGCUCCAGCUGUUGUCGCUGCUACUCCCAACUACAAUCCAUUUUUUAUGAAUGAACAGAACAGAAGUGCAGCUACUCCUCCUUCACAGCCACCUCAACAGCCAUCUUCCAUUCAAACAGGAAUGAAUCCAUCUGCUAUGCAAGGGCCUUCACCACCACCACCGCCACCUCCCUCAUACAUGCACAUACCUCGGUAUAGUACAAAUCCAAUUACUGUUACAGUAUCCCAGAACCUCCCUUCUGGACAGACUGUACCAAGAGCUUUACAAAUUCUUCCACAAAUUCCAAGCAAUCUUUAUGGGUCUCCCGGUUCUAUCUAUAUUAGACAGACAUCUCAGAGUUCAUCAGGAAGACAAACUCCUCAGAGUACACCAUGGCAGUCCUCACCACAGGGCCCAGUGCCUCAUUAUAGCCAGCGUCCUUUACCUGUUUAUCCACAUCAACAGAACUAUCAACCUUCUCAGUAUUCUCCCAAACAACAGCAGAUCCCUCAACCUGCUUACCAUUCACCACCACCUUCUCAAUGUCCUUCACCCUUCAGCUCUCCACAGCAUCAAGUACAGCCAUCCCAGUUGGGCCACCCUAGUUCUCAUGUCUUUAUGCCACCUAGUCCUUCAACUACUCCACCCCAUCCAUAUCAACAAGGACCUCCUAGCUAUCAGAAACAGGGAAGUCAUUCAGUAGCCUAUCUCCCAUAUACACCAUCUAGCUUACCCAAAGGAUCCAUGAAGAAGAUAGAAAUUACAGUCGAACCCUCUCAGAGAUCUGGGACAGCAAUUAAUAGGAGUCCUUCACCUAUCAGUAAUCAGCCAUCUCCACGGAAUCAGCACUCAUUGUACACAGCCACCACGCCACCUUCAAGUUCUCCUUCAAGAGGGAUAUCCAGUCAACCAAAACCUCCAUUUAGUGUCAAUCCUGUGUAUAUUACAUAUACACAGCCAACUGGACCUUCUUGCGCUCCAUCACCAUCUCCUCGGAUGAUACCAAACCCAACUACAGUUUUUAAAAUUACUGUAGGCCGAGCAACAACUGAAAAUCUUUUAAAUUUAGUGGACCAAGAAGAACGUUCUGCAGCCCCAGAACCUAUUCAGCCCAUUUCAGUGAUACCAGGCUCGGGGGGAGAAAAGGGAAGCCAUAAAUAUCAGAGAAGUUCUAGUUCUGGAUCAGAUGACUACGCCUAUACACAAGCCUUGCUGUUACAUCAGCGAGCAAGGAUGGAGAGGUUAGCAAAGCAAUUGAAACUUGAGAAAGAGGAGCUAGAGCAAUUGAAGGCUGAAGUUAACAGUAUGGAGCAUGACCUGAUGCAGAGACGGCUCAGAAGGGUCAGCUGCACCACUGCGAUCCCAACGCCUGAGGAAAUGACAAGAUUGAGAAGCAUGAACAGACAACUCCAGAUAAAUGUUGACUGUACACUGAAAGAAGUUGACCUCCUUCAAUCUAGAGGUAACUUUGAUCCAAAAGCUAUGAAUAAUUUUUAUGACAACAUAGAACCUGGUCCAGUUGUACCACCCAAGCCACCUAAAAAAGACUCAUCAGACACCUGCACAGUUGAGAGGAAAGCCCGAAGAAUUAGCGUGACCUCCAGAGUACAGGAGGAUAUCCGUGACACCCAGGCAGCAGCUGCAGAUGAGCAUCCAGGUAGCUCCAAACAGAGUCCUCGGACACAACCCCGAGAUGAAGACUAUGAAGGGGCUCCAUGGAAUUGUGAUAGCUGCACCUUUCUGAACCACCCCGCACUAAAUCGCUGUGAGCAGUGUGAGAUGCCACGGUACACUUGAAUUCCCAAGAGUCUGCACUAGGUUGAGAGUGAAGCUUUGAGCGCCCAUUAGAAAAAAAGGAAACCUGGGGAAUCUGUUCAUCUGCCCAGCCUUUUCAUUUCAGAUAACAUGGUGGGGGGGAGGGUGACAAUGCAGCCGCUUGUGCUCAAUAAAGGAAAAAUGGGGAGGGUUUUUUCCCCCUUUCUUUUAACUCAUUGCCGAGUUACAGAUAGAAAGGGAUACUUGAAAUGGGGAAAGGAUUCACUCCUGAAAGAAUGUACACAGAGAAGUCAAGAGCUCUUCUGUGCAACCCCAAUUGUUAAAGUUACUGCUGUUAAAGUUACUUAUAAAAUAAGUUACUUAUUUUAUGAACCAGAACUUUGAUUCAUGAUGUGACAUGUUACAGUUUAUGCAGACAAACUGUGAAUUGCCAGAGCAGACAUACCUGGUCACAAGCUCUCUGGAAAACCCCAGGCUCCCCAGGCUUCUUCCUGUUGCUUCCUACCGAAGAGAAGGACAGGGAAAAGCAAGCAGAGGAUGUUUCUCUGCGGGGGGCAAAAUAACAAGGGUAUUUGUAAUUGCUGCUUUCUUCAGGGGUAAUUUCAAACACACAAACAAAAUGUUUUAAAAUGUGAUUUGUAGCAGUCAGGAAUUAGGCAUAUCGUGCCCUUUGUUCGAAAGUACAAUCAGAGGUAAUAAGAUCCCUUUUGCUUGUACAGUGAUUCAUCAAGCUAUACCAACACUGGUAACUAAGACCUAAUUACGCCGCAUAAUAGAUAUAUUUUUUAAGUUACUGCAUGCUUUUAUUAGGCCACUGGUUUUUAAAAUAGCCAAGUCCUUACAAAUUAGGAUUUUAUGAAUGACCUUCUCGUAAAACUGCGCUUCGCCAAUAGCACAGUGAAUGUAUGCUGAAUGUAAAUCCAUUCCAAAAUCCACUUGGAAUCUUGAGCUCAGCUGUGGUUCUUUAAGAAAUGUUUGCAGUCCCUAGAGCCGUUUUCCCCCUCCUUCCAAUUUGUGAUGAGUCCAUGAUGUUUACAGCACAGAUAAUACUUUGUGCCAUAAUCCUAAUUUAGUGGAAAAAAAUUAAUAUUAGUUGUUCAAUAAA